CCGCUGCCUGCGCCUCCCCGACAUUCAGCUUUGUUUCAUUCUUCAGCGAUGCGUGGUCUGAAACUAGGCUGAUUUUGUGGGCAUGUGCUGUUUCUGCUACGAGGCAUAAGUCCGCGGAGAGCGAGAGAGAGGCAUGGCCUCCAGGUUGGUGCUGGUCAUUGGCGACCUCUUCAUCCCGGAUCGAGCGCCGGAGAUUCCGCAAAAGUUCCGCAAACUCCUUGCUCCGGGAAAGAUUGGACAGGUUGUGUGUCUAGGCAACAUAACAGAUAAAGAGACGUACGAUUUCCUACGGCAGACGGCCCCAGAUUUGCACAUCGUGAAAGGUGACUUCGACACCGAAGCAUCCAGCUUAGCUUUAUCAAAAGUGGUACAACAUGGCGGGCUUCGAAUUGGUUUCACGCACGGUCAUACUGUCAUUCCACAGGGAGAUGCGGAUGCCUUGCUGAUAGCCGCACGGCAAAUGGAUGUUGACAUCUUGUUAUGGGGUGGUACACACAAGUUCGAGGCAUACGAGCUGGAGGGUAAAUUCUUCGUCAAUCCAGGUAGCGCUACCGGCGCAUUCAGUACGAGUUGGUUGGCCAUCGAAGAAGAUCCGAUUCCCAGCUUUUGCCUAAUGGAUAUCCAAGGAGACGUCCUCGUAUUAUAUGUCUAUCAACUACGAAAGGAUGAGAGUGGAAAUGAAAACGUGGCGGUGGAGAAGGUUUCUUUCAGAAAGCCGGCCCCGGUGGAGGCAUGAUAGCCGCCAUACGCCCCAAUUGAAUGUUGCAUCCCGUCGACUGGUGGAUAGUCUGCGACAUGACUGAGCACAGCAAGGGCAUAGAGGCCGAGUCCUUACCUCUGUUCAAUGGCGGAGCUGCGGAAAGGCGCUUUCAUCUUCAAGAACCUCGCGCCAUCAGGGCCUGAUCUAUUCACAGGCUGCAAACCCGCAAUGUUGAGGACAGUCUCCUGACCGUCGUGACUAGAAGAAGCGCCCCUUGAUCAAGCUGAAUCAAAGGCGGCAGAGCAUUCGAGGCUUCAGGCGACAGACAAAAUCGUUGAUUUAGUGGCUAUAAUUCUUGACUCUUACAGAUGUUUGGUUCUGGGGUUAUGUUCAUUGCAAUCCCAGCCGUGAAUGACAUCGACAAUAUCCCCGAGUCUUGCCAACUGAUGACAUCAAGUUUGUAAAGUUAUCGCAACCUCGACGGUCUUGAUCCACCU